CUCCUUCGUCUAAACCCCCUUUCUUCCUCCAUAAAUAUCCCCACCAUUCCUCCCAUCUCCUCUCUCUCUUUCUCACACUCUCUCUCUCUAUUUGGCUGAAGAAACGUCCCCUAUAGAAUUAUGGUGAAGGAAAAUAUUAGGAGGUUUUACAACAAAGCUGUAGGCUAUCUAUCUGGGCCCAAUUCAACUGGAUCUGAACCCAGUAUCGUAGAGCCCAAUCAGCCCGAUGAAAUAUAUACUUCGUGGCUGAAGGAGCAUCCUUCAGCAUUAACUUGGUUUAAUGAGACGACGGGCGAGGCGACACUAGGGAAGAAAAUAGUCGUGUUUUUGGACUAUGACGGCACACUUUCUCCCAUUGUUAACGAUCCCGAACGCGCUUUCAUGUCCGAUGCGAUGCGAUGUGCUGUGCGAGAGGUGGCAAAACACUUUCCAACAGCUAUAAUAAGCGGUAGAAGUCGUGACAAGGUGUAUGGAUUUGUUAAGUUGGAUGAAAUUUACUACGCUGGGAGCCAUGGAAUGGACAUAAUGGGGCCUCCAUCGCAUGUAAAUUCUUAUGACAACAAGUUUCAAACAAACACAAUGGAUAAAAAGGGCAACAAAAUCACAAUUUUCCAACCUGCUCAGGAGUACCUGCCUACAAUUAAGAAGCUGUUAGAAGAGAUGAAACAAAGAACCUUGGACAUCCCAGGUGUGUUUGUGGAGGAUAAUACGUUUUGCAUCUCCGUUCAUUACAGACAUGUCUUGAGCGAGGAUUUUGGAGAUCUGGAGGACAGAAUACGUAAUUUGCUUUCAGAAUAUCCUAUAUUUCAUCUAACUCGCGGGAAGAAAGUUUUAGAGAUUAGGCCUUCUAUCGAGUGGAACAAAGGUGAUGCUUUGUUAUAUCUUCUCAAAACGCUAGGGUUCUCGGAUUCUAGCGAUGACGUCAUCCCCUUCUACAUUGGCGAUGAUAAAACUGACGAAGAUGCAUUUAAGGUUCUUAAGAGUAGAGGACAAGGCCAUGGUAUUGUUGUGUCAACGUUUCCGAGGGAAACAUUAGCUUCCUACUCUCUGAAAGAUCCAACGGAAGUGUUGUCGUUUUUGCUUCGUUUGUCGAGGUGGGGCGACACACUAAAGUCGACUUGAUUCAUAGAAAAUUACAUUUACAAUUAUUUUCCAUGAGUUAGAUUUAGUACAUCAAGUUAUCAUGGGGUAUAUUACUAAAUGUAGGGAUAAAAUUAGGAAAAUGAGAAUGUGGCUUGCUUUUUUUUAUAGCCGACAUUCGAGUUUCCUCGUGGUAUAGGUUUGCUUUUUUCCCCAUGUAUUUCAUGGUUUUGAUUUUUGAACCUGAAUUUUAUAUUAAGUACUAUUUAAUAAAGUAUUUAUGUAUUGAUAUU